UCGUUAGCGUUGCUGAGCACUGGCCUUCAUUUUUCUCUGCUGGGCAGAGUUGCUGGAUCUACUUCCUCUACUGGUGAACCUUUAAUCUUUUUGGAUUGGAAACGUUGCCCUCAAUAUCAACAACGCUCAGCCUUGAGCUUAAGCAAACACACAACAAAAAAGAGACAGGAGACUCAGUCUGUCUUGUCAGCUUCAGACCAGGUGGCCGACUGCAGACAGGCAGCGAGCAGGUUUCCUCAGGGAGGAAACCCAGAAUCAAUGGACAAUUUGGAGGGUUCACAGUUGUCAGUGAUGAAGAAAGUAUUUGACAGCUUGCAACUGGUGGAGCAGAUCCUCUCAGAAUUCCAGCUACAGGAACAGGAUCUGAAGAAGGUGAUGCAUCGGAUGGAGAAGGAAAUGGACCGGGGGUUGAAGCUGGAGACACAUGAGGAAGCCUCUGUAAAGAUGCUCCCCACUUACGUACGCUCUACACCUGAGGGAUCAGAGGUUGGCGAUUUCCUGUCUUUGGAUCUGGGGGGCACCAAUUUGCGAGUCAUGCUGGUAAAAGUGGGGGAAGGUGAAGAAAGACAAUGGAAUGUGAAGACAAACCACCAAAUGUAUUCUAUACCAGAGGAUGCCAUGACAGGGACAGCUGAAAUGCUCUUUGAUUACAUCUCAGAAUGCAUCUCUGAUUUCCUAGACAAACACCAGAUGAAGCACAGAAAGUUACCUCUGGGCUUCACGUUUUCCUUCCCUGUUCGACACGAAGACCUUGACAAGGGGAUCCUGUUGAACUGGACUAAAGGCUUCAAAGCAUCAGGAGCUGAAGGAAACAACGUAGUUGGGCUUUUGAGAGAUGCUAUCAAACGGCGAGGGGACUUUGAAAUUGAUGUGGUUGCAAUGGUCAAUGACACAGUGGCAACAAUGAUAUCCUGCUACUAUGAGGAUCAUCGAUGUGAAGUUGGCAUGAUAGUAGGCACAGGCUGUAACGCUUGCUACAUGGAAGAGAUGGAGAAUGUAGAGCUAGUAGAAGGGGAUGAAGGUCGGAUGUGUGUGAACACCGAAUGGGGAGCCUUUGGGGAAUCAGGAGAGCUGGAUGAAUUCCUCCUGGAGUAUGAUCGUGUGGUGGAUGAGACCUCGCUUAACCCCGGUCAGCAGCUGUAUGAGAAGAUCAUAGGAGGGAAAUACAUGGGAGAGAUUGUACGGUUGGUGCUGCUGAAACUAGUUAAUGAAAACUUGCUGUUCAAUGGAGAAGCGACAGAGAAGCUGAAAACCAGAGGCUCUUUUGAAACUCGUUUUAUCUCACAAAUUGAAAGUGACCCUGGUGACCGUAAACAGAUUUACAACAUCCUGACAUCCUUUGGGCUAUUGCCCUCUGUAACAGACUGUGACAUUGCCCGUAUGGUAUGUGAGAGAGUUUCCACGCGGGCUGCAGAGAUGUGCUCAGCCGGGCUGGCUGGCGUCAUUAAUCGCAUGAGACACAGCCGGAGUGAGGACACGUUGAAGAUCACAGUGGGCAUCGACGGUUCUGUCUACAAGUUCCACCCCAGCUUCAAAGAUCGGUUCCAUGCAACAGUCAGGCAACUUACACCAGGCUGCGACAUCACCUUCUUGCAGUCAGAGGAAGGCAGUGGCAGGGGAGCAGCUCUCGUCUCGGCGGUAGCCUGCAAGAUGGCCUGCAUGAUCAGCCACUGAAAUGGCACUGGCAAAGGACCACAAAAGAGAAGCCCCCUACCUGGGAAGUGCCCCCUACCUGGGAAGUGCCCCCUCCAUCUAGUGCCAGGCUGAGUUGUUUUAGGGUGUGCCAAAGAGCAGGACCAGCAGAAGGAAGGUUUUCGUGGGAGGCGGGGGAGGGAACGGAGCAAUGUUGGGUUCUUCCGAACCUCUGCCUGUACACACAACAUCAUAACCAUGGAAAACCACUCUCUCUCCUUUCUGUCCUUAAAACCUUCUCCUCUACCGCAAGCUCUGGGGAGGGAUUCAAUGUAUGCCAUCAGCAGCUUCAUAUAGUUCAGUGGGGGGUUGGUGGUGGUGGUGGCAGCAGGCUGAGACAAGAAGUCAGGAGGAGAAUAAGUUUUGCUCUCUUUUUUUUUCUUUGCUCAAGAAGCAGGGAUCUGGGCAAAAUGAGCAUCUCCAAAUGGCAUGUUUGGCACAAAAUCUUGUAAAGUACUGUUUCUUCCUCAAUAAAUCAGGUUCAGAGGGGACUCAAAAGUGAUAAAAGUUGCCCUUGUCAGCCGCUCGUGGCAGAAUAUGAUCACCAUUGGCAGGGAAGGAAAUUGAGUAGACAUGUUCUCCAUCACUGCCCUCUGGUUUCGAAGAUACACAGACAGUUUCACUGGCUGUUCCUCCAUGUGAAUGUACACAUCAGCUUGAGCCCAAACUGGUAUCCUCGCAAGCAGAAAAGCCCAUGUGAAAAAUAAGGUUUUCAUUUUAUUUCUGAUCCUUUCCAGCUUCUCCAGAUUUAGGAUAUCAGGCAUGAAUCAGAGCUUGCAAUCUGGUCUAAAUACCCACUGCCAGUUCAGUACAACACAGAUAUAUAUCUGAGACAAUCACGUCUUUUAAGAAUUAGUCAUCAUUAAUACAGAGGGCGCUUGCAACUGAGCAGGGCCUAAGAGAGCAAGAGAAGACCACAAACCAUUUUAUGACAAGAGAGUGACCUGUUUUGGUGACACCUCACCUUGCCUCGAUUCCACUCCUUUCAGUUCCCUAAUUCUAGAAACCAAGAAAUAUGCAUACCACAAUGCUCCCUUCACAAAUCCAGGAUUCUCAGACAAUAGAUCUAAAAGGGAGAAUGGAUGCACACAAGUGUAAUUUCCUUCUUCAUAUGCCCAGAUAGGUUAGUAUUUGGGUCAGGAGAAAGUGAGAGUGACAAUAUUUGCUGGAACACUCCCCACCUAUCUGUGAUCAGCCCACUUGUGUGCAUGGGACCCCCCCCCAAAAAAAGUGUUAAAUCUGUCACAGUGUGGAAGGUAAGUUGCAAAUCCAUGUGUGUCUUGAAGGAGAAAAGUAACAAUUGGGCGGUGCCAAACAGAUUUAAUCUGGAAGCUCCUGAGAUUCACCGAAGGCUGGUUCACAUGUUACCAUGGAGUAAAGCAAAUGAAAAACUACAAUUGCUCCAUACAAUGCUACAGUAUAAAGAUAAAAGAUUUUAAAAUCUCUGCUAUAGGAGUACACACUUGUGUGUUGAGAUCUGUACAAUGCACCUCUGUUUCCCUAGCAUGCUCAAAAUGCGGGAAGUUGAGCUGGCACCCACAGAUGUGUGAUAUCCUUUGCACAUGACAUCCGUACAGAGGCCCACACAUUCUGUUUUUAAAAUGUAACAUCUGGGACAUCCCUUAGCUGCGGAAAGGUUCAUCCCCCUGAUCCUGAUUUCAGCUCAUACAGUUGUUUAACCCAGAUUCUCUUCCCACUAUCAUAAUAUUGUCUAUUUCAUACUUUUUUUGGUCUUUUUCUCUCUCUCCUGCUAUCCUGCUUAUGGAUCCAGGGGCCCUUUUAUAUUAAAAAUA